ACAAGAGCAGAACUGAACAAGGAAACCACCAUUUAAUCAAAGAGCCGGUGUCCUGCCUCCAUGCUGCCUCUCCUGCUGGUCACCCUCUUCCCUCUCUCCUCCUGCUUCUCGGCAGGAGGAGGCAGCCCCCUCAGCGAAGGCCUGUGGUUGCUGAAGACCGAGUUUGCCCUUCACCUCUACCGGAGUGCAGCAGCACAGAGAAACGGGACCAACUUUGUCAUCUCACCUGCCAGUGUGUCCCUCUCCCUAGAGAUCCUGCAGUUUGGAGCCCGGGGAAACACGGGCUGGGAGCUGGCAAGUGCCCUGGGAUAUACCGUUCAAGACCCGAGAGUGAGAGAGUUCCUGCACACUGUUUACACCAUGCUGCACAACUCCAGCCAAGGCAUCGGGAUGGAGCUGGCCUGCACUCUUCUCAUGCAAACCGGAACGCCUCUGUCUCCCUGCUUUGUGGAGCAGGUCUCCUGGUGGGCCAACAGCAGUCUGGCGCCAGCCAACUUUAGUGAGCCCACCAGCACCACCACGGAGGAGGUCUCGAGGGGCUCACCCAGGCAGAGCACAGGCGAGAGCCUGGGUAGCCCACAGUCGGGGGAGGCUGGCACCGUGUCUUCUUGGCUCUCCAUCGUGAGCACCAUGACCUUCCAAAGCACCUGGCAAAGGAGAUUCUCUUCCAUGGCCUUGCAGACCCUGCCUUUCACCUGUGCCCACGGCCUCGUCCUUCAAGUCCCCGCGAUGCAUCAGGUGGCAGAGGUCAGCUAUGGCCAGUUCCAGGAUGCUGCAGGCCACAGGAUAGACGUUCUGGAGCUGUUGUACCUGGGAAGAGCAGCCAGUUUGUUCCUGGUGGUUCCGCAAGACAAGGACACCCCUCUGGACUGCAUUGAGCCACACCUCACAGCCAGAGCUAUCCACCUCUGGGCCACCAGGCUGAAGAGAACCAGAAUGGAUGUGUUCCUCCCCAGGUUUCGGAUCCAAAAUCAGUUUGAUUUAAAAAGCAUUUUAAGAUCAUGGGGUAUCACUGAUCUUUUUGACCCACUCAAAGCUAACUUGAAAGGAAUUUCAGGCAAAGACAGCUUUUAUGUUUCUGAAGCAACCCACAAGGCCAAGAUGGAGCUUUCCGAGGAGGGCACCAGGUCAUCUGCAGCCACAGCUGUGUUGCUGCUGAGGAGGUCCCGGACUCCUGUUUUUAAAGCAGAUCGGCCCUUCAUCUUUCUUCUGAGAGAACAUAGCACAGGUACUGACUCUUUUAAAAAUUGGAUUCAGACAUUUAUCUUCCUCCUAACAAUCUAAUUUUACACAUCCAUUUUCAAAUUAUUUCUUCUAGUUCUUUCUAUGGUGUUUUCUUAGCAGCUGCUGUCUUACAUCCUGAGAAAGGGAAAUUAUUUCACAGAACAGAGGAACCUCUUUUUCCUUCAUGGCUUUUACUUUUCCAUUUUAUUUAUUUGUAGCUAGUGCUUUUUUUUUUUUGAGUAGAUUUCUACUCUAAAAACUUAAAAUCAUGAAAAUACAGGUCAAUCAAAUCUUGCCUUUCUUGUUAGAAAAGACUGUUUCUUCAGGUCAAGAUACAUAAUAGAAGUCACACAGAGUCUGCAGUAUUUUAGGGAUGCACACAUUUCUAUGUUGUUUGCUGGCCUUUCUCAAGUACUUUUCUGCACCACUACAGAAUAGUCUCAAUGCAAAAAUGGGAGGCACAGGUUAGCCUAGCUAGCACAACAGAAGGACAAGCAGGUAUCCCUAAAAUUCAGCAAAAUUGAAAAUGGACUUUGAAUUAUUAUUAUCCCUCAAAUUGUUCUCCUGCAAUAAUUAUUGGCCUCAGAAGGAAGCGAUUCUCAGUAAAGAGUUGUUGGCAAUUCUCAGUAGUGUUUAAAACAAUAUGGAACAAGAUUAAUACAAUCAGGCCAAGGUGAACCUACUUUAACUAAACAUCAGGCAUUACUUUUAUUUGGGGAAAAGAAAAAAAGAUACCAAAAGUUAGAAUGAAAAUUAGCAUAGUUUAACACAGAUUGUUAAAAGGAAAUAUUGUCAACAUCAUUUUAUCUGAGAAUCAUUUGUAUACUGCCAUAACUUGUGCUAGAAAUCAAAUGAACAUUUCACGACAAAAAGGAUGUAGGUAAUCAUUCCGUGGAAAAUAAUCUACUUGGGGAUCAUGACAAUGUCCACCUAGUAUUUCACCAUGGUCACCCCAACCCCAGUGACUGCGAAUAGACAAAAUGGCCCUGAUCACUCAGACCAGGCAGCAGAGAGUA